AUGACGAGAAUUCAUGUAUUUUUUCAGAAUUUUGUCAGACUUGGUGCUUAUAUUGGCAGUGAGUUACUCAAAGCUCAAAAUAAAGCUGUUGAGCCAAAACAAUCAAUUAUACCAGUGCGACCUAAAAAACCAAAACUGAAACAAUCAACUACUACAACAGUGUGGCCUUUAAAAUUUUGGACACAACCAGUAGCAAAACAACAUACAUAUGGUGACGUUGAAGACUAUGAUUUGAUUGUUGAUGAGUUCGCACAAUCUUCUCGAGAUUCAGGAUAUUCGAGAUCAGGUAGCAAGCCAACAACGAGAUUACAAUCUGCACCACUCAUAUCAAAUGAAGUGGUAGCACAAUCAUUUAGUUUCGGUCAAGAAGUUAUUGGAUUAUUGAGUGAAAUUGCGCAGUAUUCAGAUGCUCACCAAAAGCAAAAUCAAGAUUAUGGAUCAGUACAAAAAUUACUCAGUGCUUUUUUUACUGCUGUGUCAAAAGCUCCUAAAGAUAUUAGACAACAAAAACAGCACUUGUAUUUUGUGAACGACGGAACUGAAAUGGGACGCAAUCGAGCAAUCGCAAAAGACUUAUUUGAAAGUGAUAUUGUUUUGACCGUUGAACAGUUGAAAGGGAUUGUAAUGGCGGAAAAGGAGCACCAUAAUUUCCACCAUAGAUUUAAGCGUAAAGUAAUCACGGGGGCAGUUUAUCGAUGGCCAAAGAAUCGAAAAAUACCAUAUGAAUUUACUAAUUCUGAUGAAAAUUGGCGUAAAGCAAUACGGUCGUCUUUAGCUUUUUGGGAACGUGAAACAUGCGUUCGAUGGGAAGAGAAUGGAGUAGGAUUUGAUCGACUGAUCUUCUUUAGAGGAAGCGGGUAUGUGCAGAUUAUAGGUCAUACAAUUGUUAUUCGAGCGUUGGCAGAACUGGCGGACGUCAGGAAUUAUCAAUUGGCUACGGCUGUGAAGAUGCAAUCUGGAAUAAUAGCACAUGAAAUCGGUCAUUCUUUGGGCUUUUGGCAUGAACAAUCUCGACCUGAUCGAGAUCAGUACAUUAAACUCCGACCAGAAUAUAUUGCUCGUGGUACUGAAGGCAACUUUAUAAAACGUUCUGAUUUAGAGUCAGAGAGUAUGGGUUUACCAUUUGACCUUGGCUCAGUGAUGCAUUACGGGCCAACGGCAUUUUCUAUUGACUGGAAUCACGCAACCAUUGAAACAAUUGAUAAACGAUACGAUCAUACAAUUGGUCAGAGGUACGGUCCAUCUUUCAUUGAUAUCAAGCAGGUUAAUAGACUGUACUGCAAUGAUCGUUGUCCUGCUAGCUCAUUAGCUUGCGAAAAUGGCGGAUAUCCUGACCCAAACAAUUGUCAAAUUUGCAAAUGUCCCACGGGAUUAGGUGGCCUUGUCUGCAGUGAUGUACAACCAAGUGCUUGUGGUGGAGAAUUGUAUGCAACAAUUGCAUGGCAACAACUUGCUCACAAAGGCUCACAAAAUUGCUAUUGGAGAAUCAGAGCAGAUGAUGCAAGAAUACGAAUUAAAAUUCAAUCAACGAAUUUUCAAUGUGAUAAAACUUGUCACUCAUAUAUAGAAAUAAAGCACAAUUCAGAUUUUCAACAAACUGGUUUUCGAGUAUGGUACGAUUAUUACUGUUCAUACAAAACAUUUUACAAUCACUACUUUUGUAAUGUACUGAUUCAAAUUUAA